AUGUCAUUGCCGUUGAAUACUCCUCCCGCCGCCACGCCUCUGCAGCCUUUAUCCAACCCUGUUUCUGAGCUUCCCCAGGCCGAGGUCGACGCCAUCAUCCGCACAAAGCGCAAAGCCCGCGAGCCAAAGGCCUGUUAUCCCUGUCAUACACGAAAAGUUAAAUGCGACCGCAAUCUCCCCUGCGAUGGAUGCGUUAAACGAGAUCAUGCCGACCUGUGUUCCUACGAACGGCCGUCGAAAAAGCGUCAAGUUGUACCUCAGACCUUGGUGAAACAGGAAGUCUGCGAUGGCGGUAGCCCUGCCAUUGGGCUUGGAAUCAGCCCGUCUGGUGUGGCUACCGACCCAACGAGGGUUACAAUGUCGAGAGAUGAAUGGGAGAAUGUCUGCUCAAAGUUGAAGGAGAUGGAACAGACCAUUUCAUCAUUACGCAUGGGGAUGGAGGGAGUCCUCAUCCCUCCACGUGCCGCCUCCGAGAUAGGCGAAGGCCCUACUAGCCAUGAAGCGCCGUCUUCUGAGCAAGAAGGCGUACAUGCAUCCAAUGAAUUAGGGAAUGGAACUAUUCACCUCGGCUCACGGUCGGUUCUGGCCUAUAUUAUGGGUGGUUCUGGCACCUCUCAGGAGGCCGCACAGGCUCUUAACAGCGAGGGGAGUAUUCUCCCUAAGCUCGGCCUUGAUAAUGAGCUAGUGACGUACCCCUUUAUUGAUCUAUGGUCCUCGAACAGUUCUACGUUUGAUAUCAAUGCUGUUUGUAGUGCUUUGCCAGAUGAUGAUCAGUGCCACAGGUUAUUUUGUUGCUAUCGUGAUAUUGGCGGUACGCUCUACCCGGUUAUACCGGAUAUAGAUAUAUUUGCCGCAGACCUGGAAGUGUUCCUGCGGAACCGCGCACGUAGGGUCUCUACAGAGGAUACCGACGCGAUAGACAAACCCUUCGGAAUGAGCAUAGAUUUUAUCGGUUUGCUCUUUGCUGUGCUCGCCGCGGGGUGCCAGUCUUCCAACAUGUUAGGCAAAGAGCGGGAGCUGACUUCUCAAGUCUACGUGUGUUGUUCAUAUCAAUGCCUGCGCGCAAUAAACUUCGUUUCACAACCAAAUGUGAAUGCCAUCCAGACGCUACUAAUUAUUGGAAAUGUACUUUCCCACAAUAUGAAUCCUGGUGCUGCCUACGUCUUAUUGGGUAUGACGUUGAGAAUGGUGAUUUCACUUGGGCUACAGGUCGAAUCACACAAAUUUUCUCCCGCCGAGCGGGAUAUUAGACGGAAAGUAUGGUGGUCCACUGCUUGGCAAGAUAGCCAUUUUUCAUUAUCAUACGACCGACCAUCCACCAUGGCUUUUGGCCACCCUGAUAUCCCUUAUCACCCAAGCUCGCAGCCUGGCAAUAGAACAUUUUUCGAGACUCUUUGUCGUAUCAUUGCUCUGACCCUCGAGAUUGUCCGAAGUCGAAUGCUUUCUCCUCAAUCUCAGAUGGGAUUUGCUGUUAUCAGGGCUUACAAAGAAGAGAUAAAACGAAUUAUGGCAGACGCUGCCCCCCACCUUCGUGAUUCCCAAUUUUGUUCUAAACCAACAGAGCAUCUACAAAGGAUUGGGCUGAAACUGCAUUCAUCUUAUAUUACAUCGGAACUUUGUCGCCCAGUAUUGAAAGUUCCAGCUGAUUCAAUUGAUACAACGACAGCCGCGAUACGGAAAGAAUGUAUCCAGGCCCUCAGCAGGACCGUCGAAGCUUAUGUCGAGCUGCACGCAGCGAACCCUCAAGCCUCACGGUCUUGGAUCAGUAUGCAACGCUCGAUUAGCUCUGGCUUUCUACUAGCUGUGCUGGAGGAAGCCAAAUAUGACCCUCAUAUCCGCCGUCUUUUACUACAACUUGAAAAUGCUAUUGCAGAGCGUACCGCGGCGGAUGUCGCCGAAAAGGACUCCGCCCCUCGUGCCCGCAACCCCGCGUCGGAAAGCCCAUCUCGUCUUAUAAACGGUGUAACCAAUAUUCCAAUGCCAACGCUAGAUCCAUCCCAAGUUUCGACGACGUCCACUGUCCCUGCGUCGGUGGCCGCAGAUACAGACACGCAGUGGCAGAAACCACUCACAAAGUCACUUAGAGCUUUGCAAAAGCUGAACGCUGCAUAUAGUAUGCAUAGCAGACAAUCGCAAUCACAAUCUGUUGCAACGCUCUCAGCGAUGUCAUCGACCCCGGGCGUUAGUAUUUCAGGGUACGUCACCCCUGCAGGUUCUAUCAAUGGGCCCAAUGCCCAGCAAGUUCCAGGAUCUGCCCGGUCCGGAUCUUUGCCUCCUCCUACUCCAGAAAGCUCUGGAAGUUCGGAGUGGAAUUUACCAAAUUUACUGGACCGGGCGGCUGAAUAUAUCCAUCCUCCACUCUGGCCCUGA